UAUGAAACACAUACAAGAUGGAGCAAGACCGACAGCAAGCAGAUAUUUCCACGCCGGAACUCGAUGGCGAAGCUAUAGCUGUCUCUAGACAACCCAAGAAGCGAUUCAUCGGACGCAGGGCUGCGGCAGAAAAGGCAGCGGCCAAGGGCGAAGCAAAUGGAGGCAUUGAGGAUAGCAGCGCUAUUCAAGUCGCUGCACCUCGAAGGAGUGCUCGUGCCUUGAACCAGGUCCCUCCCGAGAUCCUAAACGACGAAGAGAUCAAUGCUGCUGUUUCUUUACUGCCGUCCAAUUACAACUUCGAGAUUCACAAGACCAUCCACAAGGUCCGUACGGCUGGAGCAAAGAAGAUCGCACUACAAUUUCCCGAGGGACUCCUUCUGUUCGCGACGACGAUAUCCGACAUCAUCACACGAUUCUGCCAGGACACGAGUACGUUGAUCAUGGGCGAUGUGACAUAUGGCGCAUGCUGCAUAGACGACUACACGGCGCGCGCUCUGGGCUGCGAUAUGUUGGUGCACUAUGCGCACAGUUGCUUGAUACCGGUCAGUGUGACGCAGAUCCAGACGCUGUACGUCUUUGUCGACAUUGGCAUAGACGUGUCGCAUCUGCUGGCGACGAUCGAGCGGAAUUUCAAAGCGGGAUCAAGGAUUGCCAUGGUCGGCACUAUCCAGUUCAACGCGACGCUGCAUGGAACGGCACCACAGUUGCGAAACGCGGGCUACGACGUUGUGAUACCGCAGAUUGCGCCGCUGAGCAAGGGCGAGAUCCUGGGUUGCACAAGUCCGGCGCUCAAAGAGGAGGACAAGAUCGACUCGAUUCUAUAUCUGGGAGACGGUCGCUUCCAUCUGGAGAGCGCCAUGAUCCACAAUCCGACGGUCCCAGCAUACAGAUACGACCCUUACUCGAGGCGCUUGACACACGAGACAUACGACCAUGAGCAGAUGAUGUCCCUACGGAGCGAUGCCAUCAGGUCGGCAGGGAAGGCGAAGAAGUGGGGAUUAAUCCUGGGAUCACUCGGAAGACAAGGAAACCCGCACACCAUGGCAAUGAUCGAGAAGCGGUUACAAGAGAAGGGCAUAGCAUGGGUGAACUUGCUGCUGAGCGAGAUCUUCCCGGGAAAGCUGGGCAUGAUGGACGAGGUCGAAUGCUGGGUACAGGUGGCAUGUCCUAGACUGAGCAUCGACUGGGGAUACGCAUUCCCGCGGCCGUUGCUGACACCCUACGAGGCAUUGGUGGUGCUGGGCGAGCGAGAAGGAUGGGAAGGAGAUAAGAAGGUAUAUCCGAUGGACUUUUACGGCAAGGAUGGUCUAGGCCGAACAAAGGCUGAAGAUGUGGCAGCAAGGACGCGGGCGAUGCAGAGUGUUGCAUAGAUCAAAGAUUAGAGAGAGUGGACAGGCGAUGAUAUGAAAUAGUCUUCUACUCGUACGCGCUGUCG